GUUUUGCUAUCAGAUUUAUUUAUUGUCCGAUAAUGUGGAGGUGAUUUCUCUCUUGUCGUUUGGGUUCAAUGGAUCAGUUCAAAGGACAACCCCGUCUUCCCAAAUUCGCCGUUCCAAAACGCUACGACAUCAGCCUGAAGCCUGACCUCGCCGCAUGUCGUUUCACCGGUUCCGUCGCCGUGGACAUCGAAAUCGUGGCCGCCACCACCUUCAUCGUUCUCAAUGCCGCUGACCUUUCCAUCACCAACGCCGCCAUAUCGUUCAACGCGAGUCUGAAACCUUCACGAGUUGAAUUGUUUGAAGACGAUGAAAUUCUGGUGUUGGAGUUCCCAGAGCAAUUACCUGUCGGGUUGUUGGGUGUCUUGGUGAUUCCGUUUGAAGGAAUCCUGAAUGAUAGAAUGAAAGGCUUCUACCGAAGUACAUAUGAGCACAAUGGUGAGAAGAAGAACAUGGCAGUUACACAGUUUGAAGCAGCUGAUGCCAGGCGAUGCUUUCCUUGUUGGGAUGAACCUGCCUGCAAGGCUACUUUCAAGAUCACAUUAUUGGAUCUGCCUCAUGAUCUUGUUGCUCUUUCUAACAUGCCUGUUGCCCAAGAAAACAUACAUAUACAUGAUGAAGGAAAUCUCAAAACUGUUUCAUAUCAUGAAUCACCAAUCAUGUCUACAUAUUUGGUUGCGGUCGUUGUUGGUUUCUUUGAUUAUGUGGAAGAUCAUACCUCUGAUGGGGUCAAAGUCCGAGUGUAUUGUCAAGUUGGUAAGGCAAACCAGGGGAAUUUUGCACUUCAUGUUGCUGUCAAAACUUUGGAAUUAUACAAGGAUUACUUUGACACUCCCUACUCCUUGCCAAAAUUGGAUAUGAUUGCGAUCCCUGAUUUUGCUGCUGGAGCCAUGGAGAAUUAUGGUUUGGUUACAUUUCGUGAGAUUGCUUUGCUCUACGAUGAUCAACAUUCUGCUGCCUCCAACAAACAGAUGGUCGCUACUGUAGUAGCUCAUGAACUAGCACACCAGUGGUUCGGAAAUCUUGUCACAAUGGAAUGGUGGACACAUUUAUGGCUGAAUGAGGGGUUUGCAACGUGGGUGGCCUAUUUAGCAACUGAUAGCUUGUUUCCUGAGUGGAAAAUAUGGACUCAAUUUCUUGUAGAAUCUAAUGGGGGUCUUAGACUGGAUGGGCUUGCGGAAUCCCACCCGAUUGAGGUGGAGAUAAAUCAUGCUCGUGAGAUUGAUGAAAUAUUUGAUGCCAUAAGUUAUACAAAAGGCGCAUCUGUCAUUAGGAUGUUACAAAGCUAUCUUGGCGCUGAAGUUUUUCAGAGAUCACUUGCUUUGUAUAUAAAAAGGCAUGCUUGCUCAAAUGCGAGGACUGAGGAUCUGUGGGCUGCACUUGAGGAAGGAUCUGGUGAACCUGUAAAUAAGUUGAUGACCUCAUGGACAAAGCAGCAAGGAUAUCCUGUUGUAUCAGUUAAAGUCAUUGAUCAGAAAUUGGAGUUUAAUCAGUCACAAUUUUUGUCAAGCGGUGCUCAAGGGGAAGGCGAUUGGAUUGUUCCAAUCACACUAUGCUUUGGCUCUUAUGAUGUCCGCAAGAAUUUCCUCUUGCAGACAAAAUCUGAAACACAUGAUGCUAAAGAGUUGUUGGGUUCCCCAAUUGCUGAAGGCGUUAGUUCUUGGAUUAAACUUAAUGUGGAACAGGCUGGUUUCUACAGGGUGAAAUAUGAUGAGCUGCUUGCGGCUAAACUUAGAUAUGCUGUAGAGAAAAAAUUCUUAUCGGUAUCGGACCGAUAUGGAAUUUUGGAUGAUACACAUGCACUUAGUAUGGCUUGCCAAGAACCAUUGACCUCCUUGAUUAACUUGAUGGGAGCUUACAGAGAGGAAGUUGAUUAUACUGUCAUUUCUAACCUGAUUUCUAUGAGCCGUAAAAUUCAACAUAUUGUAGCUGAUGCAGUUCCCAACUUAGUAGAUUAUUUCAAGCAGUUCUUUAUUAACCUUUUCCAAUACUCUGCUGAGAGACUUGGUUGGGAGCCUAAACCCGGAGAAAGUCAUCUUCAUGCAAUGUUGAGAGGAGAAAUUUUGACUGCCCUCGCCGUAUUUGGACAUGAUCUAACACUAGAUGAAGCUAAUAAGCGUUUUCAGGCAUUCUUAAAAGACAGAAAUACACCGCUGCUUCCACCAGAUUUAAGAAAGGCGACAUAUGUGGCUGUUAUGCAACGGGCAAGCAAAUCUAACCGAUCAGGUUAUGAAUCCCUUCUGAAAAUAUACAGAGAAACUGACCUAAGUCAGGAGAAAACGCGCAUUCUAGGCUCACUGGGAUCUUCACAUGAUCCAGAUCUAAUUCUCGAAGUUCUUAACUUCGCGUUGUCUUCUGAGGUUCGUAGCCAGGAUGCUAGUUUUGGGCUUGCUGUUAGUCUGGAGGGACGAGACGUGGCUUGGGAAUGGCUUAAGGAGAAGUGGGAGUACAUCGUAAAAACAUACGGUUCUGGAUUUUUGAUUACUGUCUUUGUCAGCUCAUUUGUCUCCCCGUUUGCAUCUUUUGAGAAGGCCAUGGAAGUAGAGGAAUUCUUUGCUAGCCAUCCCAUGCCUGCCAUUGCUAGAACGUUAAAGCAGAGCCUUGAGCGGGUUUCUAUCAAUGCAAACUGGGUGAAGAGUGUUCAGAAUGAAAAAAGUAUUGCCGAUGCUAUACAGGAGUUGGCAUACAGGAAAUACUAGACCCUGCUUCUUCUUGUUUAGGAGUGUAUUUUCUAUGUCUCUGUGGUGGUGAUUAUGAGCCUCACUUUUUUUUCAGUCUAUCAAUGUUUUUUUCUUUUGAAACUGGUCUAUCAAUGUUACUAUGCCAUUGAUGUCUGUGCAUGGCAUAGAGCUCGAGCUGAUGAUGAUCUAUGAAUUAAGGUCGAGUUCAAAUGUUUUUCAUGCAUAUGAAAGUGACCAAAUUUGUUUCUUGUUGUUCACAUGAUAUUCUGUUAAAUGAUAAACGAACACCAUGUUGUUGUCA